AUGGUGCCAAGAAGGUGGAGGAAGGUGUCUAUAGAAGCAGCAACCAAGCCUAAUAUGAUGUAUACCACCAACCUCCUAUCCAGAUUUAUGAGCAAGCCAAGUGAGGUGCAUUACAAGGCUGCAAAGAGGGUGCUACAGUACAUUAAGGGCACUGCUAAGUUGGGAAUCUGGUUUAGAAGGGCUGAAAAUUUUAGUUUAGUUGGCUAUUCAGACAAUGAUUGGGCAGACUCAGUUGACGACAUGAGAAGUACUUUUGGGUAUGUUUUCUUUGUCAAUCAUGGUGCCUUCAGUUGGCUUUCCAAAAAACAAGAGACAAUAGCCCUAUCUACUGCUGAGGCAAAAUACAUUUCUACCGCUGUUGCUACAAACUAG